AAAGCAGGAAACGAGCGCGCUGUACUUCCGCUGCAGCAACGAGAAGGAGGACGUCAUAAAAGAAAGGAAAAUGUGGACGGAAAGGACAAACUAAGGCCAGGACAACAAACAUCAGCCUCGCACUUCUGCGAUUUUUGGCCGCUUGAAGUUCUUCUUACCGGCCGAACCCGCUGCGGCUAAAAGGGUCGAGUCUAGGUCGUUGUUACGGUGUGUUGCCGUCUGCUUGCUCGGCUAAGCCAGGCUCCAUUAGCCCGCUUUUAGCGAUGGGCACCAGGGCGAGUCGCCUUCAGGAGGAUCCGGUGCCGUCUGUCCUCAGCAAAGACGCCACCAAGCGGGAUUCGUACCGGCGGCCCCGCUGCGCCAGGCCCACCAGCCUCAUGGUGGACUUCUCGGGGAGCUUCGAGGACACCGAAGUCAACCUGAGCCGCUCGGAGGAAGGCAGCGACUCGGACUUGGCCCAGCAUGGCGCUAGCGCCGACGGCAGCCCGGCUGACCACCACAGCAUCCCGGCGAGCAUGAACCAGGCGUCUCCGGCGGACGAUGACAACAGCGAGGGCAAGCCCGAGGAGGAUGUCGGCACCAGCCCGGAGGCUGCCGUUAACGCGGAGCACCAGCCCGGGGAGGAAACAGGCCGCACGCCGCACCGCACUUUCUCCGAGCGGCUCCCCGGAAACCGACACAACGGGGGCCGCAGCGUCGGUGCCAGGUCGGCCCGGGUUCGGGGUGCACACCAGCGGCCGGUGUCCGAGGCUUGGAUCGGCAUGUACCGUGUCAACAACCGCCAUGGAAAUAUCCGCUGUCCUUUCUGCUCCAAGCCUUUUCCUGGAGGUCGGAUUGAGGAUCACCUGUUGAGCUGUCUCACAUCCCCGCCGCUUCCUUACAACACGGAUGUGCUGAGCAAAGACAGCGGUGAGUGUUCCAUCUGUUUGGAGGAUAUGGUGCAGGGCGAGACCAUCGCCAGGCUGGCUUGCCUCUGCGUCUACCACAAGAGCUGCAUUGACGCCUGGGCCAAAGUGAAGCCCUGCUGUCCCGAGCAUCCCUCAGACUGACUUCCGUGUCACAUGACUUCCCCACGGUGACCACAAAAGACUCAGGAGACCACAUCUUCUCUCUCUCUCUCUACAGAGAUAUAUGAAUAUAUAUAUGUGAAUAUAUAAAAUAUGUCAGCAAACCAAUAAAGUCAACACAAGACCCUCAAAGGAAGCGGCGUUGACCCGGCCCGGACCAUUUCAAGAGAAACAAAAAAAACGUCUGCUCCUGGCGUGCCUCGACAUAAUCCUCUCUCUGGAAUGACAAACUUUUUUCGAGGAGAGAAGGUCGUCUCAGCUACGAGUCUGAGGUGUCUCAUCCGGUAUUUUAGGGGGAAGAAAUACGGAAGUUGUCUCUCGUCACACGCAAUGUUUCUUUUCCAGGUUGGCCAGCGAGAGGGAAACAGUCUAGCAUGAUGGGAGAGGGGGGGGCGUGGUCACCGGGUGUUUAGUGUUAACAUUUCAGCACAUUUAGUCUGGGAGGUGAUUGUGCUGCUGGCUUGUUUAGCUCCAUUGGCGCUGGUGUUUGCACCCAUUUGAGCACUUUUUGUCCCUCGGGGGGUUUUUUCUUUAUUUUAUUUUUUUGCUUGCUUCAUGUCUGAGCUGUGAUGAUGAUGAUGAUGAGUGUUUACUGUGAAUUAGGUCAGUUUAAAAAGACAACAUUCUGUUACAUGUAGCGUCGGGACGCACAACGCCGCUUCACGUUCCCCUUCUGCUUUGAUGUGCUUUAGGUCACGUGACCCGACAUCACCCCAACCUGGCCACUUUCCUUAAAGUUCCUUUUUGGGCGCAACAAGGACAUUGUUUCCCUUAUCUUUUUUUAAAUUUAAGAUAUUUUAUCAUCAUAAUGGCAUAACCGGUGAAUGUUUUUGUAGUGUUUUUUUUUUCUUUUUUUUGAGGGGUCUGGACCCAGCUGGCAACUGUUUCAGGAGAAAUGCGGUCAAGAAUGAUUGCUUUAAAGCUGACUUUGUUCCCCUCCCCCUCUUUAAUUGAAUGGUUUGAUCUCUUGGCUGCUGCUCUGCAGUCCGAGGUGCUACGACUCUUGAUGUCCCGCCACCAGGGGCAGUCAUGUGCAUGGUUAAUUUUUACGGGAGGCGGAAGAAGAAGAAAAAAAUGCCAAAACGUCAUCUGUGAGUGAGUGCAGAGGCUUGUGUCAAUGUUACAUUCUCGUGGUGAUAAUUUAAUGAUGUUGCGUACUCUUGGUGGGAAAGGGGGGGUUGUUUGUGUGUUUUUGAUAAAAGUGGGCGGGGUUGUCAAGUUUAAAAAGUCAAGGACAAUCUCAGCCUGCUCAUUUAAUCUCCUUUAAAGUUGUGUGGUGCAAUACCUCAGAUUUGUAUCAACGAUUACUAAAGUCAAAGCUGUGUGUGUGAGAAAUCUGCUCCAAACAAGGAUGGAAUUUUGUAUGAAAAGACCCCUCCAAAUCUUCAAAGGUUGUGACCCCUACAUCCCAACAUAUGGACAAUCUGCCUUUAACUCUGCUCUAAAAAAAAAAAAAAAGAAAAACCCACAUGGAAUUUUAUUUAUUGAAUUGUAAAUAUGUAAUGCAGUUAAAAGAAUGGCUUGUUUUUGUCUGUUCGAUAUGCUCUUUCUAAGCUCCGAUCUUUUGUACGUCUCAGAAAUUGUUUUUAUAUGUAUUUUUUACAAUAAAUAUGUGUGAAUAAA